AUGAGUAAUGUUGGAAACAUAUUUGGAAUAAACUAUCUGAAGGAGUUGAUAGAAACAGGUUAUGCUAUUCUUGCUGAAAUAUUUCGUUUGGUUGAUUGUGUUCCGGAUGAUUUCAAGAAUCCGACUCGUAGUCGCUUCAAACCAUUCAUUAUUGAUUUUUCAUAUUUUGAUGACCUUUCUAUUAUCGAUCGCUAUAUUGAUUCACAUGAGCAAGGAACACAACUGGAAGACGAAUAUUUAUUCAUAUUUGAAAGACAUAUUAAACGGUUCGGUGCUCUUUUCGAUGCUAUAGCUCAUUUUUUUGCUGAUUUAAUUGAAUAUUCAGAAAAUAAUCGAUCUAGUCAUGACGCCUUUUCAGUGCGUCGAACAGCAGCUUUUCUGAUAUUAUGUCAACAUGAGGCAGAAGCACUCUUUAUCGCAGGCCUCAUUUUGUUGGCGUUGGAUGAGAAAUUUGCUAAUGAAGUGAAGCAAAGAUUGUUUGUUGCACACUAUAGAAGCAACCCUUCGAGCAGUGAACGAUUCGAUCUUCUAGUUGAUGUUUUGAAGGUAGCGUCCAGUCGAGAAGAGCUUUUCGGAAGAUUACCAUUAAAUAAAGCUUUUGUCUGCAAUAUACUUGUGGUAUUAUACACAGACGUUUUGUUUCCUGAUGAGGACGAAUUUAUACCACAUGAACUUUCUCGACGAGGCAUUCGUGCUUCAUGUUAUCAACGAUCAUUUCUUUCUGUCUGUCUUUUCUUUCUUCCUACAGUAUUACAUUCAGACCAUGUUGUUAUGCGCCAUAUUGUAGAUACAUUUUACGCUGAAGAAUGGGUGGUGCAUUUGCAUAUGGGAAUAGUGAUAAAUAUGAUGGAUGCUUGGGAUCAUUAUAGAGCAGCAAAUAGUGCACUGCAGCAUGCAAUUAGUGCACAAAUAGUAAAACACUUAACUGCUAGCCAUAUAUCUGCUUUGAAAGCGGCGUCUUUCCCACACACUGCCAAGUUAUCAGUAGCCGAUGUUAUUUUAUUUGCUGAUCUAAUAGCUACUUCAAAUAAACACCUCCAAUGGGCUAUGUUGCAUGCCUAUAAGCCCGAAAAGUGCUGCAAACGUUCCGGACAGCUUUAUGAUAUUGUCAAUAGUCAAAUUUCGUCGUGUUCGCUUGAUCUGUUUAGUAAACUGCUCGAAGUUUCAGCCUUUGAAUAUAGCUAUAAAGAAGUCGCUCGAUCGCUUUUAAACAAUAAAGAAAAAAAUGUCCGAAAGCUUAAAGACGAAGUCUGUGAUCAUGUCACGCAAGUAGCUGAACUGUUUGCAAACGAAUUACCUUUGCAAAGGAUCAAGAAAAAUGAGAAGUUAAGGUCGUGGCUUUUGUUGCUGAUGAAAACUAUCGAGGAAUUAGAUAUUUUUAACGCAGAUGCGUCUUCCUUGAUUUCAGAAUUGAAAAACCGAUUAGAUCAGGUGAGCGAUAUGCAUGAUCUGUCUGGAAUAGUUGCUGUAUCGCAGUAUCUGCAAAGUGCCCAAAAUUUAUUAACUACGCUAUCGCACUAUUGCAUGCUGGAUGAAGCAUUUUUGAAAAAAAUAGAAUCAGCAACAAAUUUCUCAUAUGGAUGGGCAAUGAUUGACCAAUGGGCUGAAAAUAUGAAAAGUCUGGUAAUAGUCAAUCCACUUCCCGUACGUUCAGUGUUUGUCAAAAUGGCGAACUCAAUUAAUUUAACAUUGGAACGCCUUAAUACACCAGAGAGGAUAUCGUCUAUAUCAAUUUGUUAUUCGCGCUUGAUUGAAGCAAGAUUGCGCAAAAUUCUUCAGGCUGUCCCACGUUCGCUGUUUACACUGCUGGAUAAGGUAGCUAGUCUUUUGAGCCCUCCGCAAGGAUGUUCUAUCAAUAAAACUGAUGUUCGUCAAUUUGCGGAUUCAGAACGUCGUUUGCAGCUUGCAGCUAUUACACAUGCAGUCUCAAUGCUUUCUUCUGGUAUUUCAACUAUGCAGCUAACAUCACUUGGGUCACUUCGAGUGGAUCCAUCAAAUCUUUUUCUAGAUGGAAUUAGAAAAGAAUUAGUAACUGAAAUAUGUGCAACGUUACGAUCGCAAUUAGCUUCCGAUUUGCUUUUGGAUGAUUUUUUAAUUAAAUUGAAAAACCAGUUUGCUCACUUACGUGGAGCUUUUGUUUACAUGUGUGAACAUAUUGCUAUCAAUGGAGCUGUAAUAUGGCACAACGAAUUAGCUCGUGUAAUUGGUUAUAUGAUCGAGAAAGAAUGUAACGCCUUUUUACAACAUCCCAUCACUGAGGAAGAAAGCUUAUAUCAGUCCAGGUCAGCACCAAUUCCAAAUAUUCCAGCAUUUGAAGGAUCAUUAACUCCUCUACAUCGCUUGUUUAGCAGAAUUUUGAAUGCAUCAGAUCCAAAAUCAUCAUAUUUUGUAAAUUCGAUGAGAAUGUGGUGUGAUUUAAAAACUAAGAAAACAGUCUUGUCAGGCGAAUCUCUGAAUGCUAUACAAGAAGCACUUUCACCGAUGGCUCUAUAUGGACUCGAUCGGAUUACAUCAUUUCACAUUGUGAAAUAUUUGUAUACCUUAUUUGAACAACUUUCGGAAAUAUUAUGUCCUGUGAUGACUUCACUGUUAAAUGACAUUACAUUGGUGAAAACUGUGGUAGUUGCUGGAAGACUGAAAAUCUUCGAUUGUGCUUUGUCAAAAUUCUUACCAAAUUCAUCACGAUUUAUUAGGACUAUUGGUCAAUUACAACUAUUGCGGCAACAAAUAUUAUCUGUUAAUCAGUCAGCAUUACGACAACAUUCAUCGAAUAUCUUCAGUGCAGUUGCAACAUUUAACGAAGGUGUUAUUAGUGAUAUUCGUGGACAUCGUGGUGAAUGUGAUGCAACAUUUCUCGGUGAAUUGUCGGUACUUUUGGAACGCUGCGGUAUAACAGAUCCAUUCAUGAAAAUAUACAUUAGGAGAGAGACACCACAAUUGUUGCUACCUACAAUGUUUCUUGUACUUCUCGCUGCGAUAAGCAAGUUCAACGUACUCAAAAAAGCCGACUCGACGGACAUCUCGGCAUUCUGCGCUGGUUUCGCAUGUAUAUUAUUGCAGUUUAAUGUUUUGCAAGAAUUCUUCGCCCUUUGCAACCUUUACAUAUCAACGACUUUACUUACAGCACGGGGAAAUAUGAAACAAGGAACUUUCAUGCAUACUCUUCGCUUUAUAGCUUAUUAUUCUUCUUUACCAUUAAAUGUAAUGGAAGAACAUGUUUUGCUCUCGUUACAAGAAAAAAUCUGA